CAUGAGAUAAUUCCAGGUAAGGUCUAUUGAAUAGAAUCGCAAAUGGAUUAUUAUCAUGGUGAAGAAAGGCAAGGAGAAGGCCACAGCGGCGCCCCCGGCUGCUGCUGUGGCCGCUAAAUCAUCAAAGAAAUCAGCAUCAUCUAAAGCCGGCAAAAAUACCGUCGCCACACAACCAAACGAUGACUUCAUAGUCUUCACAAAUUCUACCAAGGAUACUAAACCUAAGAAAGGAGGAGGUCAGGGUGGCUCUUCAAGUGCCGGAGGAAAUAUCCCAGGAUCGGGCGAUGCGGGGUCAGCAGAAGCUUCGGGUCCCCCGAAACCAACGGUCAAGCAAAUCAUCGGAGGAGCAAGUUGGACUGGGAAACUUCCCGUAAACCUGCUAUCAGAGCAUUGCCAGAGGCAGAAGUGGGACAAGCCCGACUACCAACCUAUAAGAAAUUCCGAGGGCUUUUCGUACUUUGUCCAGCUCAGUGCUAAGAAUCCAAAGACUAAGGAGGCACAGAAGAUUCCUCCUUUUAAGUUGUCACCUGAUAAUAAGCACCUCGUGACAAGAGAGACCGCUUUAGAAGCUAAGCAUGCUGCAGCUACCUAUGGCCUAUUCAGGGUCUGUAGCAUGAAGAACAUUCAUACCACGCUUCCUCCGGAUUAUAGGUCGUUAUGGAAGAAAUUCGAAGAGUUGAAGAAGGAAGACGUGAAGAAGGGUAACGCGUGGAUGUACGAUGCGGAUCCCUUCGCUACUAUGAAACAGCGAGAAGAUGACAAGGCCGCUGCUGAGAAGAAGCGAAAGGAACAGGAGGCGAUCAAGGAAAAGGCGAGGAAUAUGCCAGGUGCGGAAGGUCUAGUUCUUCGAAGCAAUGCUUCCUCUUCGGGGGGCGGUGGUACAAAUCCCAUGAAGGGAUGGACUACCGUCCCCAAGAUCGAAAUGGGCCGAAAAACACGAUCUCAGUUAGAAGAUCUACUACGACGAGAGGUUAUAUGGAACCCUCACGGGGUUAAGAUGUCUGAACCUCAGAAAGAAGCUAUUAUCGAGGAACUCGCAAAUUCUGGCUUUCGAAAAAGCCACGUGGAGGAAGCGGUCGACGAAUGCAAGGAUAGAGAGGAGACGUUGGAGUGGUUGCUUAUACAUGUGCCUGAGGACGAUCUCCCCAGAUGGGCAUUACCGGGGAGCUAUAGCGCUGGUGUUUCGGUCGCCGCCACACAAGACCUGAAGCGCGAGGCCGCGGUAAAGCGCUUGUCGCAAUCGGGUUACUCGGCCGAAUUAUGCAGGAAACUCUAUGACGAGAAAGGUGCAGAUGAAGGCAUCGCCGCUGAGGCAUUACAGCAUUUCCUGCUUUCGAGUGGUAAUGACGCCGCAUUGAUAAAUGCUGCUGCUGGGGAUCCCUUUAUAUCAGGCACACCGGAGGAAUGUUGGGACGAUGAGAUGGAGAGCCUUUCAUCCGUUUUUGGUGAGAACUUCAAACGAAUAUCUGACAAUGUCUGCGAAAUACGGAUCGAGGCAGUUAAAAACGGCCCUAAGAAGGACGUUGAAACGUUUGCCCAGUUUCGAAAGACACCACGAUAUCCGACCGAAGUCAUUGUGGCCAUUGUGGCAGAUCUACCCUCUUACAUCAAGCUCAGCGUUGUCAAGAAGACGCUUGCUUAUCUUACCGAAUCACUGAGUGAAGAGCCGAUGAAGAUCUACUUUGCUGUUGAUUGGGUCCAGCAAAACAUCAACUCAAUCAUUGAAAACCCCGGGAAGCUUAGGGACAUAUCAGGGGUUGCAUCCACUGCAGCAGAAACUCGCUACGUUAUCCCAAUAGGCCGAAAAUCUUCGAAACACCCGAAGCCGUUAUCGUGGACUAUUGAUAUACGCAGUAGGGAAGAAUGGCAGAAAAGGCAAGACAACCCUGCAUUAAAGCAGAUGUUGGCCCAACGCCAAAAGUUACCUGCCUGGCAAACGAAAGACUUGGUAGUGGACACAGUCUCACAGAAUCAGGUCACUAUCAUUGCUGGCGAAACGGGGUCUGGAAAGUCUACACAAUCAGUUCAAUUCAUACUUGACGAUCUAUAUAGCAAAGGGUUCGGGAACGCUGCUAGUAUUAUUUGUACGCAACCACGCAGGAUAUCGGCUCUCGGUCUCGCAGACAGAGUGAGCGAUGAACGCUGUUCAAGACUUGGUCAAGAAGUUGGUUACACUAUCCGCGGCGAGAACAAGACAGGUCCCCAAACUAAAAUCACUUUCGUGACUACCGGUGUACUUCUGAGACGUUUACAAACUUCCGGCGGGCGAACCGAGGAUGUCGUUGCCUCAUUAGCCGACGUCAGCCAUGUAGUUAUUGAUGAAGUUCACGAGCGAAGUUUAGAUACGGAUUUCCUUCUCAGUAUCAUUCGCGACGUCCUGAAACGAAGGAAAGAUCUCAAGCUUGUGCUCAUGAGUGCUACCCUUGAUGCUGCUACAUUCAGAGGCUACUUUGCUUCCGAGGGACUUAGUGUUGGGUUAGUCGAGAUUGCUGGAAGGACAUUUCCCGUUGAGGAUUAUUACCUUGAUGAUAUUAUCCGGAUGACGGGCUUCACCCCAGACACUGGCAGAUACCGCGAUCGCGAUGAGGGAAUGUUCGAUACGACGAAUUCAGCAGAUCAAGGUUAUGGCGAUAGAGGCGCGCAAGAUCCCAUUAACAAGACUAUACAGAGAUUGGGUUCGCGAAUCAACUAUUCUCUUAUUGUUGAAACAGCGAAAGCUAUCGAUGCAGACUUAUACAAAGAAAAGGGAGGAAUUCUAAUAUUUUUACCAGGUGUUGCAGAGAUCAACCGGACUGUUAAUCAACUAAAGAAUGUGUCAUCCCUACAUGUUCUGCCUCUCCAUGCCUCUCUCGAUACGCGCGAACAACGAAGAGUGUUCACGAGUGCUCCUCCUGGAAUGCGGAAAGUGGUGGUUGCGACAAACGUGGCGGAGACUUCAAUCACGAUUGAUGACAUCGUUGCCGUCAUCGAUACAGGCAAAGUUAAGGAGACUAGCUUUGAUCCCCAGAAUAACAUGCGCAAACUUGAAGAGACAUGGGCUUCGCUUGCUGCUUGUAAACAGCGCCGAGGACGUGCUGGUCGAGUACAAGCUGGAAAAUGUUAUAAAUUGUACACCCAGAACCUUGAGCAGCGCAUGGCAGAACGUCCGGAGCCUGAGAUUCGUCGUGUUCCUCUUGAGCAGCUUUGCUUAUCCGUACGAGCUAUGGGGACUAAAGAUAUAGGCGGAUUCUUAGGAAGGACACCAACUCCACCUGCUAUUUCUGCUGUCGAGAAUGCCGUCAAGAUGCUACAGCGGAUGGGCGCACUCGACGGGGAGGAAUUGACAGCACUUGGUCAACAACUAGCUAUGAUCCCUGCAGAUCUACGUUGUGGAAAACUUAUGAUUUAUGGCGCCAUCUUUGGGUGCCUUGAAGAAAGCAUCUCUAUCGCUUCUAUCUUAAGCACCAGAAGCCCGUUUGUUUCGCCACCAGAGAAGCGCGUCGAGGCUAAAGCGGCUCGUAUGAAGUUCUCUAGGGGUGACGGCGACCUCCUUACCGACCUAAGAGCUUACCAGCAAUGGAGCGAGAUGAUGGACCAGGGAAUGCCACAGCGACAACUACGUCAGUUCUGCGAUGAAAACUUCCUCUUAUACCAAACCCUCUCCGAUAUUUCUGCCACGCGAACCCAGUACUACUCCUCGCUUGCCGAGAUCGGCAUCCGCGAUACCCGGCCCCCAGGAACCCAAGCGUCAACGUCUCUCGUCCGAGCCCUCACGGCCUCGGCGUUCACCCCACAGAUCGCACGCAUCCAGUUCCCGGACAAGAAGUUCGCGACCUCGAUGUCGGGCGCUGUGGAGCUGGACCCCGAGGCCAGAACUAUCAGAUACUUUACGCAGGAGAACGGCCGCGUUUUUAUACACCCCGCUAGCUCGCUUCAUGAUAAUCAGGGUUUCUCGGGUAAUGCGGUGUUCUUGUCGUAUUUCAAUAUGAUGGCGACGAGUAAGAUAUUUAUUCGGGAUCUUACGCCGUUUAACGCCUUUACGCUUCUCUUGUUCUCGGGCGCUAUUGAGCUAGAUACUCUCGGGAGGGGCUUGGUUGUUGACGGUUGGUUGAGGUUACGGGGAUGGGCAAGAAUCGGGGUCUUGGUCUCGAGACUCAGGGGCAUGGUGGACAACAUCAUCGCGAUGAAAGUCAACGACCCACACGCAAACGUACACGAUAACGAGGUGGUUAAAAUGGUGGCGAAACUCAUAGAACUAGAUGGCCUGGAUGCUUGAUCGCUUACGCUGCUGUCGACUCUGGGGUUUCGAAUGAUAGACUUUUUAAGAUCUAGAUUGGCUUUUCUUCUCUCUUUAACGACUCUUCCUUAACUC